UUACAGUCGGUCGGUGCACUCGCUAGUAACUGAAGUAGGACAGUAGUUUACUCUGCAAACAGUGAAGUACUCAGUGUUUACGAACAUACACCUCGUUGUUUUCAACAGAGAGUCCUUGUUCUCGUGUGUAAAUAGAGCUCAUUGACAGCAGAGAUACCGCAGUGCCUCAGACGGGAUGGUUUGCUUUGUUACAUAUUAGAAGCGGAUUGAUCACAGGAUUGCCUUUUUUAUUUCUUCCGAAUGUGCUGCUGACUUUUGACAGAAUGAAGUCUGAUAUACCAUACGAAAAGAUGGUUGAUGUGGAGCUGAGCAGAGGAGAAGGACAUCACGGCUCACAGAAGUAUUACAGGUGUCUGAUCGUCCUCACCUGUAUAACCACAGUCUUGUUGAUCCUCCUGUCACUCCAAACGCUGCUUGUUCCAAUGGCCAAAUCCUCCUCCACCAAAUCAUCUGUACAGCAGGAGCGCGUGCUAAUCAGAGAAACCUGCACGGACCCCUGCAGGAUUGUCUUAGUGGAGAGCAUCCCCGAGGGUAUGGUGUUUAACUCCUCUGUCCAUCAGUCCAUUUACGAUGCCUGGCUGAACCUCAUUUCUGCUACCCAGUCCAGUCUGGACAUCGCCUCCUUCUACUGGACUCUCACCAACUCUGACACACACACACAAGAGCCCACCGCUAAUCAGGGGCAGCAGAUUCUGAAGAAAUUAGGGCAGCUCUCAAGCAAAGCGUAUGUUCGAAUUGCUGUCGAUAAACCAGCAGAUAAAAAACCUAUGGAGGACAUCAACUUCCUCAGCUCCUACGGAGCUGAUGUGCGGAUGGUGAACAUGCGAGAGUUGACAACAGGUGUGCUGCAUACCAAGUUCUGGAUCGUGGAUAAGAAGCACAUUUACAUCGGAAGCGCAAAUAUGGACUGGAGGUCACUAACACAGGUGAAGGAGUUGGGCGCAGUUGUGUAUGACUGCAGCUGUCUUGCUGAGGAUCUUGGGAAGAUCUUUGAGGCUUACUGGUACCUGAAUCAGACCAAGACCGUUCCUGCACACUGGCCUAACAAAUACUCCACCCUGUAUAAUAAGGACACACCAAUGCAGCUGUCGCUCAACGGGACCAGUGCUAGCGUCUAUCUAUCAAGCUCUCCUCCUUCACUCUGUGCUGAAGGCCGGACUCCAGAUCUUCAGUCUAUCCUCGAUGUGAUCGCUAAUGCUCAGCAGUUUGUCUACAUCGCUGUGAUGAACUAUCUGCCCACUAUGGAGUUCUCCAGAAGCAAGAGGUACUGGAUGGAUAUUGACACUGAGCUGCGGCGUGUGGCUUAUGAGCGCAGGAUUCGUGUGCGUCUGCUGAUCAGCUGCUGGAACAGCACCAAACCAAUCAUGUUCCCUUUCCUGCGCUCCCUUGCUUCCUUACAGGACACAAACCAGCUGGACAUUCAAGUGAGAAUUUUCACAGUGCCUUCAGACGCUCAGCAGAAAAAAAUCCCCUUCGCCAGAGUGAACCAUAACAAGUACAUGGUCACAGAUCAAGUUGCUUACAUAGGCACCUCUAACUGGUCCGGGGACUACUUUGUGAACACGGCCGGCUCUGCAUUAGUGGUGAACCAGACUUCAGCUUCAGCAAGUUCGACAGUGCAGGAGCAGCUACAGGCCGUGUUUGAGAGAGACUGGGAGUCUGCAUACAGCACAGACAUCAACCACAGAUCCAACCGUAAAGACAUCUGCUAGACCAGACGCAGCCUGCAGGAGGAGCUGGAGGCACUGACACAGAGACUGUAAACCUUCUGCUCCAUUUUUAGGACACUAAAAUACUUCAUAUGUUGCCAUGAACUACUUUUACACUCCAAAAAAAGGAGUUUUAUUUGCAUUAAGCAUGAGGUGAGAGUUAAAAGGGAUCGUUCACACACAAAAAAUGUAAAUUACUUCACCAUUUACUCGUUUUAAAACCUGAACACAAAAAAAAAAGAAAUUUUGAAAAAUGAUGAAAACUGGUAACCAUUGACUUCCAUAAUAGGUAAGACAAAUACUAUGGAAGUCAAUGGUUACAGGUUUUCAACAUUCUUCAAAUUAUCUUCUUUUGUGUUCAAGGGUGUGUUAAUAGUCAGUAAAUGUUCAUUUUGUAUCCCUCUGCAGAACUUUUUCCCCCGAUAAUAGUCUCUCGCCUCAAAGCAGAAAUACUUUUGCAUACAUUUUGCACAGAACGUCUUUAUAGCUGACCUGCAAUACCUCUGCCUUCCUGUUGAUUCUUUUUAACAUCUGUUGAACUUAAAGUCUCAGGAUGAAUCAUUUUAUUAUUGAUUCACAGCAGUGGUCUCAAACUCAAUUCCUGGCUCUGCUCAGUUUAGCUCCAACCACCUCCAACUCACACCUGCUUAAUAGUCUCUAGUAGUCUUGAACACCUUGACUGGUUGGAUCAGCUGUGUUUGAUCAGGCAUGGAGCAGAACUGUGCAGAGCUGCGGCCCUCCAGAAAUCCAGUUUGAGACCUGUGAUCUACAAUAUUGUUCACAACUUUCUACAGUGAUUUAUUAAUUACCUUCAUGUUCAGUUGAAGGCAAAAUCAUUAGCUCUUCUGUGAAAACAACGAUGCCAAGGACAUUAGUAUUGUACUAUGACUAUUUCUUCUAAAGAACAUUCGAUUACGUUUC